AGAGAGGGCAGUGUAGGGGAGGGGAGAGGAGGAGAAGGAAGGAGAGGGAGGGCAGCGCAGGGCAGGAGGUGUCCGGCGGCGGCGGGGACGCGGCAGCGAGCACAGGAUGCCCGCCGCCUCCGCCGCCUCCCGCUGCCCAUGGAGAUCGCGCUGGUGACUCUGGGGAACGGCGGCGCCACGGCCCUCGCGGGCGGCGAGGAUGGCGCGGCACGGGGGGACCGGCUGAGCGACGGGCAGGAGCGAGCCCCGCAGCCCCCGCCGCGGCGGAAGGAGACGAGCGGGGCUCCCGCAGCGGAGAUGGGGCCCCCGGAGGAAGGGGGGCACCGGCGGGGCAUGGCCAUGGCCGCGGCGGGCGAGGAGGAGGAGGAGGCGGUGGUGAACCGGGGCGCCCUUCAUCACCAGCGGGUGCUGAUCAACAUCUCCGGGCUGCGCUUCGAGACCCAGCUGGGCACCCUCAACCAGUUCCCUGACACACUGCUGGGGGACCCCGACAAGCGCAUCCGCUACUUUGACCCGCUCCGCAACGAGUACUUCUUCGAUCGGAACCGACCCAGCUUCGACGGCAUCCUCUACUUCUACCAGUCAGGCGGCAAGCUCCGACGCCCCGUCAACGUCUCCAUUGACGUGUUUGCUGAUGAGAUCCGCUUCUACCAGCUGGGAGAGGAGGCCAUGGAGCGGUUCCGUGAGGAUGAGGGCUUCAUCAAAGAGGAGGAGAAGCCCCUGCCUCGCAAUGAGUUCCAGCGCCAAGUCUGGCUCAUCUUUGAGUAUCCUGAGAGCUCCGGCUCGGCCAGGGCCAUCGCCAUUGUCUCGGUGCUGGUGAUCCUCAUCUCCAUCAUCACCUUCUGCUUGGAGACUCUACCGGAAUUCAGGGAUGAGAGGGAAAUGCCCAUGCCUCUGCCACCACAAAGUGGAGGUUUGAAUGGCACGACUGGGGACUCCCCACCCAUGCAGCCACCCAGUAGCCUCUCUGAUCCCUUCUUCAUCAUUGAGACUACUUGCGUGAUCUGGUUCACCUUUGAGCUUCUUGUCCGCUUCUUUGCCUGCCCCAGCAAGCCUGAGUUCUCCCGCAACAUCAUGAAUAUCAUCGACAUCGUGGCCAUCAUCCCCUACUUCAUCACCCUGGGCACUGAGCUGGCCCAUGAACAGCAGGAACCCAGGGCUGGUGGCAGCAAUGGGGGUGGGGGCCAGCAGCAAGCCAUGUCCCUGGCCAUCCUCAGAGUCAUCCGCCUGGUCAGAGUCUUCAGGAUCUUCAAGCUCUCCAGGCACUCCAAGGGUCUGCAGAUCUUGGGACAGACUUUGAAAGCCAGCAUGAGGGAGCUCGGCCUCCUCAUCUUCUUCCUCUUUAUUGGAGUGAUACUCUUCUCCAGUGCUGUCUACUUUGCUGAGGCCGAUGACCCCGAGUCUCAUUUCUCAAGCAUCCCUGAUGCUUUCUGGUGGGCAGUGGUGACCAUGACCACCGUGGGCUAUGGGGAUAUGCGACCUGUCACCGUGGGGGGCAAGAUAGUGGGUUCCUUGUGUGCCAUUGCAGGUGUGCUCACUAUUGCCCUGCCUGUCCCUGUCAUUGUAUCCAACUUCAAUUACUUCUACCACCGAGAGACUGAUCAUGAAGAGCAAGCUGUCCUCAAGGAUGAACACAGUAGUGCUCAGGGCAGCACAGCUGGGGGAGAUGCAAAGAGAAGAAACUCCAGCAGAAACUCUCUGAGCAAAUCUGUUGUGCACUUGGAAAACAGUGAAGGGUUCAACAAUGGCACCAGCUCCUUAGAGAAAACCAAUAUCAAAGCUAAAAGUAACACAGAUCUCAGAAAAUCCCUCUAUGCUCUCUGUCUCGACACCAACAGGGAAACAGACCUGUAAGGAGAGGAGAGUUAGAGAUGCAGAAGGAUUUGCUGAUGUCGGAAACUUACUGAUAUAAUUAUUCUUUUGGUACCAGUUAGUUUUUUAAAUCAGGUUAUAUUUUAUAAAUUGAUCACUGUCCUGAACAGUCCUCCAGGAAUACAUGUUUUUAUGUUCUUUUUCCAUGACACAAAGGGUCACCUAUUUUUAAAAUAGACUAAGAAUAAGCUACGCUCCAUGAUGCUGGAGCUAGUAAAACAUGACAUUACAAAUUCUAAUUUGUAGAAACUUGGUUUAGCAAAUGGUGGUUGGUUUUAAAUGGGUCAUUUGUAAUCAAUUCAGUCUUUCCAAGUUUAGUAUUAAAGAGUUGAAGUAUGUGUGUGUGGAAAAUGAAUGGAUUGGGGGAGGUUGAGGGGUUUUGUACUGUAGUUUGAAACUAAAACUAUUCCAAUAUAUUUUAUAUCUGUAUAACUGUAUUUAUGGUUGAAAGGGGAUUUCUUAUUCCUGUGAAAUACAACAUCAUUAAAGCACUAGGAACAUUAGCAGAUCAGCACUUUCAGAGUUUCCCACUUGUGAUCAGUACAGAUCUGGUUAUCUAGCAUGUGAAGUAAAUUUGGUGCUUUUAACCCUAUAGCAGAAAACUUUUAUUGUCAUUGAUAUGUUAGUCUCUUGUGAGCCUUAAGUUAUUAAAUAUUGUAGAUAUACUUCUUUAUGAAUAAUUUUAUUAUCUUCAUGUUUCAGAAUUUCUAAAUAAUUCAGUCCUGUGCUUACCGUCCCCUCUCAAAAAUGUAUGUGCAGCUUUUUUUUUUUUUUGUAGUUUUACAGUUUUAUACUUUUGUUAUAUUUUUGAGACUGAAAGAAAAAGUAUUGUCUGCUGUUACUGGUUUUGAUCCAAGUGCACAACAGAUCAGAAGCAUUACAGAGUGCAUAGAUAUAGGAAGAAAGUAGAAUACGAGUGCAAUAUCUUCAAGGCUGUUUUCACUUUACGCUCCAGAUUACUUUGGCACAUUUAUCAGACACCUUUAUGUAUCCAUGCCAUUUGCAUACACAGUUCACUGCUUUUAAUUGUCACAGACUGGAAACUGAUGGCACGUAGUCUAACACAGCAUGCCGUGCUACUUAAAUCACCAUUGUGUGGCUUAUAAUUUGGACUUGGAUGGAAAGCGUCACCUUUCAUCAAAACACAUCCUUUCUCUUUUAUUUCCAAACAAAACGUUUUCAGUGCUGUGGAUUUUACAGUUGAGAUGUUGAAAGACGGAUGACAUUAUCUUCAUCAUGGUAACAAAGCACUAUACAGCUUACUAGUGAAGACUGUCACAAAGUUGCUUCUUUACUUUGAAUCAAAGAUCUGUGUUAUCAUUUUUCUCGCAAAGGGCAUCUCUGUUUUCCCCUCAGACUUCUGUUUUAUUGCUGAAGGAUGUUUCUUGCCUUUACCAGUGCACAACAAGACUAGCAGAAAGAGAAGUCUUGAUUUCUCAAUGCUCAAGAACUACCACAGCAUCAGUGAGACUGCCUUGUCAAGUUGUCCUGCUCGUUUUGACAGCCUCUGGGCGGCUCAGAGAGACAACACCUCCUACAGCCUCUAGCAACACCUGUUGAAGUUGUAUCCUGUCAGACGCAACAUUGCCUUGCCAGCAUGAAUUUGCUUUUGCAGAUAGGCAGCUGGUAGCUGCAGGACCAGGAACCUGACCUGAUAUUAAGUUGUAUUAAGGGAGCUGGUAUUGUUUCAGCAAACCCUGUGGGUUUUCUGAUAUGAAUGUGUUCUUGGUCUACAUUCCCAGAUCACAGAGAAAAAGUCUGCCUUCACAGAGCCUGCAUGGAAACAUGAACAGAGGAAAAGCGAUGCCUCAGAAUGAUUGUUCUCAUAUUGCUGAACAUAUCAGGGCCAAUCUAAUUAAACUGCAUGUGUGGAAAUGAAAGAGCUAAUCUAACCCUUUGGCAGUCAAAGUGUGCAGUUUAGGUAAUUGCCAGUGUCUGUCUUAAAACAACGGUCCUUGUCCUGAUGCAGUUGAAGACACCUAGCACUGAGCCACUGGCUUCACAAGAGUAAGAAUUGAGCUCUGUUCUAUUUUAGACAGAGCACUUCAAGGAUAGGAUACUGAUCUCUGUCAAUCACUUAAAGCUGGUGCUACAGCAUCAGAUAAUUUCUUGGGAAAGUUUUUCAGACUUUUCAAUAUUAAUCUUGGGUUUCAGAAGUAUAUUUGCUGAAUUACUCUUUUGAUAAAACCCCUUAAUAAGCAAGUCUGUCUGUUCACCAUCUGGUGCUGAUUGUACUUAAAAUAUAGUGAGAUUGGCAACUAAUUCAUUCAUGGAUGGUACAAAAGUUGCAUAAAUCGAUUAAUGCUGAACGACCAGGAGCUCAUGCAGCCGUGCUUUUCUCCAGAUGGCUUUCCAUGGCAUCGUCUUCCGUAACACACCAGUGAGCCACGAGACUGAGACAGAAAUUCCAGUGUGGGGAGGCUGUGAGUCAUGAGAUGAUACAGACCAUUAGGAAGACACUGCUGCAGAGACAGAAGCUAAACCCAUUUAUUCCUUGUUCUCAAGUCAUCUUAGGAGAAGUUGCUGAAAAAAUUACUUCUGGAUAAAUAACUGCAAUGUCUUCAUCAAACAUACAUUCUCAGUGAGUUGGAUUUCUUCAUUCAAAUUGUUGAAAAUCUGUUCUGCUUGGAGGUUUCUCUCCUAGAAGCAUGACUCAGCACCACAAAAGGAGUGUGCAGAGAUCCUAUAAAAGUUUAAAAACUUUGAACUCCAUCCCAGGUACAAGGAGACUUUAGUACUUUAGAUUUUGUUUGGAAAUACAUGAGUUCUCGUCAUAGAUUGGACAUCUUCUACCAUAGUUCUGAUAUAUCAAAACUUCUCAUCGUUCUGGAAGAAGAUUCAAAUAUUUGUUCUUUUUCUUUUAUUGGCAUUCAUCUUUGUUUAUUCAGUUUGUAUUCUUGAGAUGUGUUGCAUCUCUGGAGUUUGUUUUUCUACUUUUAGCAUAAAAAUGCUGUACAUACAAGUUGAGAAUGCAUCUGAAGAUUAAUUUUUCAUGUACCUGACUUGAAUAUUUUUCUGUUUAUCUUUAUAUUGCUAUUUCAAAAAUGUGCAUUACCUGUAUUCUUUAUGCCUUUCUCCCAUCUAUAAUUCAAUAAAAUUAUGUCGCUGUUCUGCAGAACCAUAUCAUGUGUGGGUAACAACGCUAACAGUUUUUUAAUAACAAUGACUGGUAAUUGUAAAUGGGUUGAUCUAUA